AAGACAAAGGUCUCUGUUCGGACGCUGGUAUGACGUGUCAUACUUCCGCAUCCGGUUUCCCCGCCCCCUGAAGUCACCUGAUUUCUCAACAGUUUGUUUGCAAACAGAGCCGCCUGACGAGCUCCGCGAUGGACAGACAGGAAGGUGACGACCAUGCGGCGGAGGAGGAGCAGCACGUCGGCGAGCACGCGGAAGAGGAGCUGGAUGCCUUCGCCGUGUCCACAGAGAGCCUCCUUGCCGCCUCGGACGACGUCGAGGUGGAGGAAGCUCACGGGGGCACACAGUCCUCGCACCGGCUGCUGGCCUACAGCGACGCGCUGCUCUCCAUCAUCGCCACCGUCAUGAUUCUUCCCGUGGCCCACACCAAGAUGGAGGCCGACGAGGAGCUAGAUGACAACCUCCAGCUUCUGCUGGGCACCAAGGUGGCCGUCUAUCUGAUGACCUUCCUCAUUGUCACUGUGGCCUGGGCUGCACACAUCAGGUUAUUCCAGGUGAUCGUGCGCAUCGACGACACUCUCGCCUUGCUUAACCUUGCUUGCAUGAUGCUGAUCACCUUGCUGCCGUACACGUUUUCGCUGAUGGCGAACUUUCCAGCACACGUUCUGGGAAUUCUUCUGUUCUGCGGCUGUGUGAUGGUCAUCGGUCUCAUUCAGUCGGUGAUUGUGUUGUACGCCUUCGGCCGUCCAUUCCUGCUCCAGCAUCAGAUCCAAUCAUGUGAGGAUCGCUCCGUGUACAGACAUCACAUCCUCAAAGUCCUGCUGAGGGUUCCUGUCAUGUGCCUCCUGGCUGCAGUUUGCUCCUUCUUCUGCUAUCAGCUGUCGUACGUGUUGCUGGCUCUGGUCAUCUUCCUUCCAUACAUCUCCCAGGCUAUCCUGUGGUGUCGAGACAAACUCCUCGGUCCUGCGGAGGAGGAUCCGGAGCAGGUUAUGUUCUACACCUUCCUGCCCAGCGAACCCCUAAGUAAAGAGCGCGUGGAGGCCUUCAGCGACGGUGUCUAUGCCAUUGUGGCCACGCUGCUCAUCCUGGACAUUUGUGAGGACAAUGUCCCCGAUCCGGCCUCGGUGCAGCAGCACUUCAACGGCAGCCUGGUGGCGGCGCUGCGCUCGUACGGGUCGGAGUACCUGGCCUACCUGGGCUCCUUCGCCACCGUGGGCCUGCUGUGGUUCGCGCACCACUCGCUCUUCCUGCAGGUGUCUCGGGCCACGCGCGCGAUGGGCCUGCUGAACACGCUGUCCCUGGCCUUCGUCGGCGGCCUGCCGCUGGCCUUCCGGCUCACACACGAGCUGCCGCUCGCCGCGCUGCGCGACGAGCGGCGCGCCGUGCAGGCCAGCUGCGUCCUGGUCUUCGGCGCCGGCGUGUUCCAGCUGGCCACCUGGGUGGCGGCGCUUCAGGGCGGGGGGCGGCGGACGCUGCGGCCGGCCGUGCGCUACGGUGGCCCCGAGCACGUUUUCAUGCUGGCCAAGCUCGCGCUGUACCCGGCUGUGGCGCUGGCCGCCUUCCUGCUCACGUGCGUGCUGAGCCGCUUCAGCGUCACCAUCUUCCACCUCAUGGAGAUCGCCACGCCGCUCGCAUUCCUGCUACUCCGGUUGAUGGUGAGAUUCGCCUCGGCCCUCCUCAAGCACCUGUUUUGUCCGCAAAGCGGACAACCGGACAACGGCGAGGAAAACGUCCAGUCGAGGGUGGCAUUUAAUCCGCUGGUAAUCCAGUGACACGUUCCGUAGGCUUAAACCAUGUAAACACAACGCGCUUUGUAACCCGUGGCACCGCUAACCACUGCCACACUAAGCGGUAUUUAUAUUUAUGAAAAUAUUUAAAUGUCUCGGCAAACAUAAGGUCGAAGAAAUGCGCUUCAAGAAAAGUCAGGACAAUGUCGUAUGGACAAAUAAGGCUAUCAGCAGAGUAUAUUUGUUUUCCGAUAAAUGCAGUGCACAACAUAAAUUUACAGCUGAUCCCCCGCUUACUCACGGUUUUGGCACAGAUAAAUUUGCAUAUUUGCUACCCCCCCUAAUAUUUUAAAAACUAUUUGUAUAUUUUUGCAGGGGGUGUCUCUCCAUUUACCUCCUAUGUAAAAACACCAACAUCCAAAUAGUUAUGACAUAUAAAAAAAAAAAAAAAAACGCGAAUUUUGUCAACUUAACGAGUUCUACUACGUACAAAGUAUGAGCCCUGGAAUUUGCUAAAAAUGGCUGCUUACCAUCAAAAGGGCAGACUUCCUGUUCAGUUCCGACCAAGGGUCCUUGAGACUUUUUCAUGUCUUGUCACAAUCAACUUGUCCGCCCAAUUUUGUGUUGAUGGCUGAAACUAAAUAAUUUACUCAACGAUAACAACGCCAUAAAAAUGUCACUCAGCUAUCACAUCAAAUUGCACUUUCCGGUGAAAUAUGCUGAAUUUGUUUCCCGUUUUUGUUUUGAGGUGAAAUUGCUGAUUUAUAAACGGUAGGAGUCACUGUUGUUUCAGUGAAGUCGUCCACAAAUGACUU